AGGAUGUCCCUUGGGUUAUAUAGGUUUCAAUUGCUCAAUUCCGUGUAGAUACCCAGGUUAUGGCCCUGCAUGCCAAAACGGUUGCAGCUGUACAGAGGAAUAUUGUGACUUUUCAACAGGAUGCAAAGAGAGGAAAGUCCACCUUCCCAUUCAAAAACGUCUUAAUGCAGACUUUUUAGCUAGAAACAUUGCUGAUUUAAAAUCCAAGCUUAAUCCGAAUCAAACUACACAUCCAGCAAAAGAGACGAUGGAUAAACCAAACAAAUCAAAGUCAGAAUCACAAACAAUGCCAAUCCUCAUUGGUGCCGUGGUUGCUCUUUCUUUUAUACUUCUUGCCACUGGGUUUAAGUUUUCCUGGAAAAAGGUCAAGCCAUCCUAUUUGAGAAAUAGAAGAGAAGACACCGACAUCCCAAAUAUAAAAGUCGAGCUAAAAAGAAUAACGUGUGAUUAUGAGGACAUGAAAGAAAAUUCGUAUGAGGAUCUGGACGAAAAGGAAACUUGUGAGGACAAAGACAAAAAGCCGGAAGGCAAUGCUGAAAAUGAUAAUAUUGAUACUCUCAAAGUCACAAAGAUUGGAGGGAACAAAAAUGAGGACCGAGAAUCCAAACAUUUUUUGACGAUUUGAAAUGACAUCAUGCGUUAAAACGUGUGCAGGAACAUCUACAUAGUACUAAUAAAUUCUAUAAAUGGUUAUAUAGCAAGUAUUCUAACAAGCGCGUUGGGAAAGUGUGUGUCGUUAGAGGAAAGGGAUAAGGCUUUUGAACAUGAAAACAUAACAUAAAAUAUUUCCAAUUUAUGCCUUCAAGUAAAGCAGUUGACAUAUUCAUCAUCCUUAGCUAGAAGGCAUCGAAAGAGAAGAUCAACAUGCAUGCAAGAAUCUCUCAUUACACUUGUACUGUCUUUAGAUUAUUAAAACUAUGUUACCUUUGAUUUACUUUGACGGAUUUGACGUUUUAUCAGAGUUUGGUUAAGUUGAUAACUUCCUUCCUGAUUCAUAUGUCUGUUUUUGUCAAAUUCAAUGAACGACCUAUAUAACAUGUACAUUUACAAAAAAAUCAGAUUUGUAAUAUCAUUUUCGUUAUUUCUUAAUGAAUCAUGAAGAAUAAAGUUAGGCUUAAAAUUUCCCUUAAUUU